CGCAUUGAACUAGCGCGAGGCUGUGCACAUAGGAUUUAGAGAGGCGAGAGAAGGGAAGACAGGAGAAAGGCGAGACUACAGCACUUCAGACAGCUCAACAACACAGACACUAAUAGAAAAUCAGAAGGUCAAGGUGAACAAACUCCCCCUGUCUGAUCAGUAUGGCCAAAGGGGACCCCAGGAAGCCCAAGGGCAAGAUGUCCGCCUACGCCUACUUCGUACAGACGUGCCAUGAGGAGCACAAGAAGAAGACCCCUGAGAUCCCUGUCAACUUCACAGAGUUCUCCAAGAAAUGCUCUGGGAGAUGGAAGAUGAUGACGGAGAAAGAAAAAUCUAAGUUUGAAGACCUGGCCCGACAGGACAAGGUACGCUAUGACCAAGAGAUGAUGCACUACAACCCAGGCAAUAAGAGGGGCAAGAAGAAGGACCCCAAUGCCCCCAAGAGACCACCCUCGGGUUUCUUCAUCUUCUGCUCAGACCACCGGCCUAAAAUUAAGGCCCAGUUCCCCGGCCUCGGCAUCGGAGAUGUGGCCAAGAAACUCGGUGAAAUCUGGAACAGUCUCCCAGAUGGCAGUAAGCAGCCGUACCUACAGAAAGCUAACAAGCUGAAGGACAAGUAUCAGAAGGAUGUUGCUGACUACAGGUCAAAGGGCAAGGUGGGCAGCGGUGGUGGUGUCGGCGGCGGUGUCGGCGGUGGUGGCGGGAUGAGCAUGAGUAUGAGCAUGGGCAAUGGCAUGGCCGUGGGUGCCAUGAAUAUGGGCAUGGGCAUGGGCAUGAGUAUGGGUAUGGCACCCAAGCAGAUGAUGAAAGGCCACAAGGACGAUGAUGACGAUGAAGAUGAUGAUGAGGACGAGGAAGAUGAGGAUGACGAGGAUGAGGACGAUGAUGAAUAGACUGGAUUUGCCCAUGUAUUUUCCUAUAAUUAGGCUAUAAUUACAUUAUUAUUAUUAUUAUUAUUACACAAUUUCUUUUACAGUUGAAGUGCAGUAGGGAUAAGGACACACUGGUUGUCCUUCCGAUCUGACUUCCCCUCCCAAUUUCCACCAUGAGUUCCUUUGACUAUUCGUGUUUACUGUAUGUGCUCUGCAUCUCAAAUUAUGCUGCACUCAGUUGCAGGGCCACCAGUAGACUUUAGGAGCCCUUAACUUUCCAAGGAGUGAGUGUGUUUGUGUGUGUGUGUGUGUGUGUGUGUGUGUGUGUGUGUGUGUGUGCAAGCGAGUGUGAGUGUUAGGAAGGGAGGAGGUUGGAUUUUCGGAGGCCCCAAUCUACCAGAGAUACAUUUCAAGGGUAUGGUAGCGCUCUGGUACGGUCUAGACUGUUGUUUCAUAUGGGGGUGAUGGAAGACAGUUUUGGAGGCCCUGAGUGGUCCACUCAGAGGUGGAGCCUGUCAUGCUCUGGUUUGAGGUGUAGAACCAAUGCUGUGGGAGAGCAGACCUUGGCUCCUACCCCCUAACGUUUGUGUGUAUGUGUGUGUUUGUGCGUGUUGCAUCCACAAUGUUGUCACAGUCCAAUGUAUUGACGAUCUCUCUGUAUUUAACCCACCUGGUGUAUAAUGAAAUGCAUUUAAACAAGUGGUAGCAUUGCAGCAUUUAAACAUGUUCUUGUUUUAUUAUCCUUGACAAAGAGAUGUCUAAGGUGGUGUGUGUGUGUAACUGUAUAUGCUUGAUAUAGACUAGUUAUUUUCUUGUGUUUUUGUUACGUUCAUAGGUAUUGAAAACUGUACAUGUGUUGGUGUCGAUGAUACCCAUGCACUACACACUACUUCAGUCUAUCAGUUAAUCCCAUGGUUUUCUUUUGCAUUGUUGUGGGGCAAUUUCAAACGAAAGAUCUACGUUCCAGAAUAUCACGACAUAGGCACCCAUUAGCACUUAGACACCAGGGCCCUUGUGCUCGUCUAUAGAAAGAAAAGAGAAAGGUAUAGCUAUUUCUCUUUCUUUCUUAGAUAUGUUAACAUUUUUUUUUUUUUUUACAAGGUGCAUUUUUAAUGUUAACUGUUGUGUAUUCCUCAUGUUUCAUGAACAAACAGAGAGAGAGUGCGACUGUUGAUGAUAAAUCUGUACUUAUAUGUAUCUAAGAUUUUCUUUUAUAUGUUUAGGAUGCUAUGUUUGCUAUUAAAGCGACACAUGCAGUUUUAUAGCUGUGCUAUUUCAUUUUGCUGCUGCUCCUUCUGCCCAUCUCACAGGCUGAAUGGAACAACAAGGAGUCCUUUUAUUAACAAAUGAAUGUGUUUGUGUCUUAUUAAUGAACAACCUGAAGACCUGCAAUAAAGACGCCAAACAUA